AUGGGGCCCAAGACACCCCCGCAGCUCGCUGGGAAAUGGCAAGUGCUGUGCAUGUUGUCCUUGUGCUCCUGGGGCUGGGUGUCUGGGCAGCUUCGUUACUCAGUGGUGGAGGAGUCUGAGCCGGGAACUCUGGUGGGGAACGUUGCUCAGGAUCUAGGCUUAAAGCUGACAGAUCUGUUGAGCCGCCGGCUGCGGUUGGGCUCUGAGGAGAGUGGGCAUUAUUUUUCCCUGAGCUUGGUGAGUGGUGCUCUGGCAGUGAAUCAGAAAAUUGACCGAGAGAGCCUGUGUGGAGCCAGCACCAGCUGCCUGCUGCCACUACAGGUGGUGACCGAACACCCGCUGGAGCUAAUCCGUGUAGAGGUAGAAAUCCUGGAUCUCAAUGACAACUCUCCUAGCUUUGCCACCCCUGAGCGAGAGAUACGCAUCUCAGAAUCAGCUGCACUUGGGGCACUGUUCCCACUGGAUAGUGCCCAGGAUCCAGACGUGGGUACCAAUACCGUGAGCUUCUAUACUCUGAGCCCCAGUAGCCACUUCUCUCUGAACGUGAAGACCCUAAAAGAUGGGAAGCUGUUCCCAGAGCUGGUGCUAGAGCAGCAGCUGGACCGUGAAGCCCAGGCAAGACAUCAGCUGGUGCUCACUGCUGUGGAUGGGGGUAUCCCACCCCGCUCAGGGACCACCCUUAUCUCCAUCACUGUGCUGGACAUCAAUGAUAAUGCUCCGACCUUCCAGUCCUCAGUUCUACGUGUGGGACUCCCAGAGAAUGCACCCGUGGGUACACUGCUGCUCCGCCUCAAUGCCACUGAUCCAGAUGAAGGCACCAAUGGCCAACUAGACUAUUCUUUUGGAGACCAUACGUCUGAGGCAGUGCGGAAUCUCUUUGGCCUAGACCCUAGCAGUGGAGCAAUCCGUGUGUUGGGCCCCAUAGACUUUGAGGAAUCAAGUUUCUAUGAAAUUCAUGCAAGAGCCCGUGACCAAGGACAGCCAGCCAUGGAAGGCCACUGUGUGAUUCAAGUGGAUGUGGGGGAUGCAAAUGACAACGCCCCGGAGGUACUAUUGGCCUCUUUGGUCAACCCUGUCCCGGAGAGCACACCAGUGGGCAUAGUAGUGGGAUUAUUUAAUGUGCGGGACCGAGACUCAGGGAGAAAUGGUGAAGUGAGCCUUGAUAUCUCUUCGGGCCUGCCAUUUCAGAUUAAGCCUUCCGAGAACCACUACUCACUGCUAACCAGCCAGCCUUUGGACCGUGAGGCCACAUCCCACUAUAUCAUUGAGCUGUUGGCCCGCGAUGCGGGCUCACCUCCCUUGCACGCCCAUCUCACCGUCAGGCUCAACAUUUCAGAUGUAAACGACAAUGCACCCUCCUUCACCCAGCAGCUCUACACUGCUUACAUCCCAGAAAACCGGCCUCCAGGCUCCCUUCUCUGCACCGUGGCUGCCUCUGAUCCAGACACUGGCGAUAAUGCUCGCCUCACCUACUUCAUUGUAGGGAAUCAGAUUCAGGGAGUCCCAGCCUCCUCCUUUGUGUAUGUCAACCCUGAGGAUGGGCGGGUCUUUGCCCAGCGUACUUUCGACUAUGAAUUGCUGCAGAUGCUGCAGAUCGUGGUGGGCGUUCGAGACUCUGGCUCUCCCCCAUUGCAUGCCAACACAUCUCUACAUGUGUUUGUCCUGGACCAGAAUGAUAAUGCCCCAGCCGUGCUGCACCCCAGACCAGGCCGGGAUCUCUCAGUCCCCCAGCGUCUCCCUCGCUCUGCCCCUCCUGGCUCCUUCGUCACCAAGGUGACAGCCGUAGAUGCUGAUGCAGGCCACAAUGCCUGGCUCUCCUAUUCACUGUUGCCACAGUCCACAGCCCCAGGACUGUUCCUGGUGUCUGCACACACUGGUGAGGUGCGAACAGCCCGGGCCUUACUGGAGGAUGACCCUGACACCCAGCAGGUGGUGGUCCUGGUGAGGGACAAUGGUGACCCUUCACUCUCCUCUACAGCCACGGUGCUUCUGAUUCUGGAGGAUAAGGACCCUGAGGAGAUGCCCAAAUCCAGCGACUUCCUCACACACCCUCCUGAGCGUUCAGACCUUACCCUUUAUCUCAUUGUGGCUCUUGUGGCCGUCAGUCUCUUAUCCUUAGUCACCUUUACCUUUCUGUCAGCUAAGUGCCUUCGGGGGCACGCAGACGGGGAUGGGGGUGGGGGUGAGUGCUGUGGGCGCCAGGACUCGCCCUCCCGGGAGUUCUAUAAGCAGUCUGGCCCCAACCUACAGGUGAGCUCAGACGGCACACUCAAGUACAUGGAGGUGACGCUGCGGCCCACAGACUCGCACAGCCAUUGCUACAGGACGUGCUUUUCACCAGCCUCGGACGGCAGUGACUUCACUUUUCUAAGGCCCCUCAGCGUCCAGCAGCCCUCGGCUCUGGCACAGGAGCCUGACACCUUCCGGUCCCGCUCUAACACGCUGCGGGAGCGGAGCCAGCAAGCCCCGCCCAACACGGACUGGCGUUUCUCCCAGGCCCAGAGACCCGGCACCAGCGGAUCCCAAAAUGGCGAUGAAACCGGCACCUGGCCCAACAACCAGUUUGACACAGAGAUGCUGCAAGCCAUGAUCUUGGCCUCCGCCAGUGAAGCCGCUGAUGGGAGCUCCACCCUGGGAGGGAGUGCCGGCACCAUGGGCUUGAGUGCCCGCUACGGACCCCAGUUCACCCUGCAGCACGUGCCCGACUACCGCCAGAACGUCUACAUCCCCGGCAGCAAUGCCACUCUGACCAACGCAGCUGGCAAGCGAGAUGGCAAGGCCCCGGCAGGUGGCAACGGCAACAAGAAGAAGUCGGGCAAGAAGGAGAAGAAGUAA